UUCAAUUUUUAUUACACGCAGUCAAAAGAUAACCCUAGCCUUCCACGUUGUCGUCGUCGCCGCCGCCAUGCCGCCACCUCUCCGUCGACGUCGCCAUUGCUGUUGGUUCUAGUUCUUCGCCGUUGUGGAGGUUCUUCAUUGCCAUUUUCGCUGCCUCCAUUGGUUCUCUCCUCUUGUAUCUGAGACAGAGAUGGACAAUUUGCGUUCUACUCAGAGAACAAAUAUUAGUCAGCCUGCAGGUUCUGACGUUACUGUUGACCAGCCAGAUAUUUUGUCUGACGACCAAAUUGUUGAUAUGGUAUUGGGAACACGUUCACGUUAUAAGAAAGGAAGAGGUCCAAUGCCUAGGUUGAAGGUGAUUGGUGGAACAAGAGCUGCUAAUAACUUUGUCUAUAAUCUAUAUAAAGAUCAAGUUGCUACCAUUGUUUCUCUUACACAAAAGCUAACAGAGACUCAAGAUAAUUUUGAAGGACUUAUAGAGCAAUUGAAGAAACAUUUGCCAGGUUUCAACUACCAGCCUCCAAAUGUUAGUAAUGCCUCUUCAUCCAAUGCCUAAGAUGCAAUUUGUGAAACUUUAUGAAAAUAUUGUAUGAAUAUGAAUAUUUGUGUUGAA